AUGGGCUGCGGAUCAUCGACUCCUGAAGCCCCGGCGAAUCCCGACGUUCCCACAGACGGUCCCAAUCCGAAAGUGUAUUUUGAAAUUUCAAUUGGCGGAGUGGAAGUGGGUCGCAUCACCAUGGAAUUGCGAAAGGAUGUAGUGCCUCGAACGGCAGAGAAUUUCAGAGCCUUGUGUACGCAUCAGUAUGGCUUUGGCUUCAAGGGAUGCAGCUUUCAUAGAAUCAUUCCAGAGUUCAUGUGUCAAGGAGGAGAUUUCACCAAUCACAAUGGAACGGGAGGAAAAUCCAUUUUUGGAGAAAAAUUCAAAGAUGAAAAUUUUGAAUUGAAACAUACGGGACCCGGUACUCUCAGUAUGGCCAAUGCCGGCCCCAACACCAAUGGAAGUCAGUUCUUCCUCUGCACGGAAAAGACAGAAUGGCUCGAUGGAAAACAUGUCGUCUUUGGAAAAGUUAUUGAUGGAAUGGAUAUUGUCCGGAAAAUGGAAAAAGUUGGGUCCAAGCCACAAGGAACCACCAAGAAGGAAGUCCUCAUUCAUGAUUGUGGUGAAGUCAAGGAGGAAUAG